AGAUAGUGGCAAAGCGCCGGAGACACUGGGCCGAAAUUUCGGUGAAUUUCGACUGUUUCGCCUUUGAGGAGGUUUUGCUUCACAAAUACAUCGAAAAAGAUAACGCCGUGUUAGAGAUUUCCCGAAAUUUUUGCAUAUUUCGGUGAAAUUUCGCCUCGUUUCGUUUAUCUGAAGAACUUUUGAAGCGCGUCCCAAAAUAUUAUUUGAAUUUCGGUCCAAAUUUCGCUGCAUUACUUUCUGCAAUUAUUCGGCUUCCUAUACACUGAAUUUCGCCUGGAAUAUUGAAUUUCCACGACUGGUGCUACAAAGCUUUGAGGUUUGAGUGACCCAGGCUUCUCAAGUUCAUUCAGCGUUCACAAUUAUAAAUCGACUCCUGGUUUUGGUGUCGACGGCAAGAAUUUUGAGACGGAUCAGAUUGUUUGUAGAUUAACAAUAAAUUCUCGCAUUUGGUACCAUUUUUAGCCAUUGAAAGCGCUGGAUUCUUGUGUAUUUUGGCUUCUGGAAUGGAGCUUCCUCAACCUCAGUUACCUUUCACCACUGAAGGAGCAAAACCCACUCACGAUUUUUUGUCACUGUAUAAUGAAGCAUCCUUUCAGAAUACAGAACCCGGAGCUUCUCAAGGUUUCUCAAGUUAUUUGAAGACCCAAGAUUUCUUGCAACCUCUAGAGAAAGUAGGAAAGAGCAACACUAAAGGAGACGCCCCGUUGGAGGCAUCUCUUGGAAAAGUUUCAUCAGUGGAGCAUGUUCUCCCUGGUGGGAUUGGAACUUAUAGUAUUAGCCACAUAUCCACCUUUACACAGAGCAGUAGUGGGAAGGUUGAAAAACCAGUAGGUGUUGUGGUUCCAUUGAACAAUCCUGAGACAAAAUCUGAUAGAAAUAAUGAUAAUACUUCUAAUAACAGCUCCUAUGGGGGAGGUGCAUUCACAUUGUGGGAAGAAUCAGCGGUUGCAGAUAGCCGGAUGGUGGAUCGAACGGGAGAGAGACAUCCUACAAGAGGUAUUGGGGAAAUUAAUAAAACUCCCUCAGAGUAUGUAGAAAAGUCUGGGUAUUGGUCUACAGAGAGGCCAGUGGUGGGUGUAGCUGACCUGCCUUUCCUUACAAAGAGUGGCUAUGGCCGCGCAAUGGUAGACACGACACAACUAUCCUCCUCGUCAACCAAGCAACGGCCUCAGAACUCUCAAGGAUUUGUGGAGAUUGUAAAAUCGGUUAAGGGGACCUCAGAAGAUGAUGAUGAUGAUGAGGAAGAGCAUAUGGACCGCAAUAGAGAUAACAGGAAAGAGAGCUCUUCCCACAAAGGGGACUUGCUGGUAAAAGUAGAUGCAAAACACAUUGAUCAAAGAGCUAACACACCAAGGUCUAAGCACUCUGCUACCGAACAGCGCAGGAGGAGCAAAAUCAAUGACAGAUUCCAGAUAUUGAGAGAUCUUGUGCCACACAGUGAUCAGAAAAGGGACAAGGCAUCAUUCCUAUUGGAGGUCAUUGAAUACAUCCAGCUUUUGCAAGAGAAGGUACAAAAGUAUGAGUCAUCAUACCAAGGAUGGAAUCAGGACAAGAUGAAAAUAAUGGCCUGGAAGGGCCAAGGGCAGGGAGAAAAUGCAGCUGAACAUUCUCAACCUAAAAUGAACAGCUCGUUUAGCAAUACUGCUCCUUCAAUAAUUGCCCCCAAUUCCCAUAGUUCUCCCCAACCAGAGACUCAUAACACAGCCUCUCCAGGGUAUGCAACUCCUUAUAAGGAAAAGGAGCGUAUGGGUGUUACACCAUGCAAACCUGUUGCUGUGCCUCUUUCUUUGCAGCAGCACAUGUACUCACAAUACGGAAGGGCCACAAUGCAAACACAACAGAGACUAAUAUCGGAUGCCGAAAGGGCAGCAACCCCACCUCAACCUCAACCUCAACCUCAACCUCAACAAAAAACAGGUCCCAGUGAUCGGAAGAUAGACGGUCCACAUUCUUCAGGGAAUGAGCAAGAAGAAUUAGGUAUUGAAGGAGGCAUCAUCAGUGUAUCAAGUGUCUAUUCUCAAGGGUUGUUGGGUACUCUAACACAGGCUCUGCAGAGCUCUGGGCUAGAUCUGUCACAAGCAAGCAUCUCAGUGCAGAUUGAUCUCGGAAAGCGUGGAAGUAGGCCAUCAACAACUACUUCCAGUGCCAAGGACCAUGAGGAGCCCUCAACAAGUAAUCUGAUAACAGAGCAUUCAAGGCCAACAAGCAGUGGAGGAGACUCGGAGCAUCCUCAAAAGAGGCCAAAGAAAGAAAGGGAUUGCUAGCUGAAGCAGCUUAGGCAGCACAUGUAUAGUGCAAAUUCCACAACUCUAAGGGCUACUCUUAUGGCCAUUGUGGGUUAGAUCCUUUGGGAACCAUAUGUCAUUUGCUGGACACUGGCUAUAAAUAGCCGGAUUCCAGACAACGGUCUUCAUUUAUUCAAUCUGUAUUAUAACAUGUCGAAAGGUGACAAUAUAGGGCCCGAAGAGUGGGAACAGCUUCGAUUAUGAUCGAGGCUGUGUACAUACUCUGGUUACUGUUUGUUGGGAUGACCAGCAAACCAUUAUUCAUUCAUUUGUAUUCAUCACCCGAAGCUUCUGCAGAUACAAGAAGCCAAUGUAGCACUCUGGAGCAAUUUUUUUGUUUUCUUUAUUUUGUUUUUGGGCAAAUCGGGGUGAGGGUUUUUAACAUUAUCCCUGAUGAAUCUGUGCCUGUGAUUGUCAUGAGAGAAAUUAUUGAAUACCAAGAAUCAUUAUUUUCGUUCUUUUUU